GGUGUUGAGCCUGUUGCUGCACAGACUGACCCUGCCCUGAUGCUGGCAGCGACAGAGAACAGUAGAAGAUGAUGUGUCAGUGAGAUGAAGUGGAAAAAUAAAAUAAAAGAAUAAAGAAGAGGAGGCGAUACUUGUAUUGGGAUUAGAUUAUUGGUCAGAAAAUUAGAGGAACCAUGUUGUUGAGACAGGAAUCCUAAGAAGAAAUUUGGAGUGCUGGCAGGUUUCUACGUGGAGUACUGCCUCUCACACUUUGGACUCGGCGGACAUUUUCUUUGGCGAUGCGGAGCUUAUUCAACAUUGAAACAUCUGAUCUGGACAGUCUUUAAACGGUGAUUUAGCGACAUCCCCGCAGCCAAAGUGAGCUCGUGCAUGUGUAGUGAUUACGUACGUGCGCGUGAAAGAUUCAGCGUGCGUGCAUGUAUGCGUGUGCGUGCGUGUGUUCGUGCGCGUGCGUCAGUGUGUCACUAUGAGUCUCGUAUCAAGCUUUCCUCACCAUCCGGUCAUGCACCACCACGACAGCCACCACUAUUCGCUGCAUGCGGCCGCAGCGGGUCGGUGUCACGAGGAUACCGGAGCGCCUCCGUAUUUCACCAGCUGGCUUAUCAGUCACGCGGAUAUGUCGCCCACCGAGUAUGGCCUCGCACCGGGCUACAGCCCCGAUUACCACAGCAACGGUGGGACCGGGAACGUUAGUGGCCUGGAUCCUCAUCAUCACCAUCACCACUAUGGACACGGUCCACUGGUUCCUGGAGCUGGUGCAUUAUCUAUGAACGGAGCCCAGGUGGGUAUGCAUCAUCACCACCACGCACAUCCCCGGACAGUGAAGCGGAGACCGACGGCAAAUCGCAAAGAGAGGCGGCGGACUCAAAGUAUCAACUCGGCCUUCGCGGAACUUAGGGAGUGUAUUCCCAACGUCCCCGCCGACACCAAGCUGUCCAAGAUCAAGACACUUCGGCUAGCCACUAGUUAUAUCUCUUACCUGAUGGACAUUCUGGACAAGGACGGCCAGCACGGAGACACACAGGCCUUCAAGGCCGAGCUGAAGAAGUCAGAGGCGCGGGAGGAGCGGAGGAAGAGGGACACGGUGGAUAUCCCAAAAACAGCUUCGACGUCAUCAUGCUCAUCGUCGUCCUCAUCCUCACUGGGUGACAAAAAGACUAAAGGGCGGACGGGAUGGCCACAACACGUCUGGGCUUUGGAACUGAAACAGUAGCAUCCAUCCUAUAGGUCGACUGCACUCGCGUUUCCACUGCUUUUCUUUGGACGAUCGUGACGCAUUCCUAAGAAGCAUCACGGCUUUUGUCUGGUAGGCAUGGACCUCAAGCCAUGCACACUCCUGCCCCUCAAGGAAAGUGAAGGAAUAGACCCCGUUAUAAUUUUGCGGUAGUAUUCCGUGCCCAAAUGGGAGAUGCAUGGUCUUCUGCUGUUUGCUAUCUGUAUAUUUUCUAAAAUAAAAAACUGGCAUCCUUUGAAGGACAAUUCAAUAAAAAACUGCAUUAAUGAACGAAACGCAGAAUUUUUGAACGUGAACUUUUAUUUAACUAGAUAUUAUGUGCAAUGAGGCCGUUUGGACAAGCCAAACUGCCAGUCCACUGAAUGGCCAAAGUAAUUCAUUUAUUAUUUCUCAUUAUACACUAUACACGGUGUUUGUGAAGUUGUACUGUCUACCUGCAAUUAGUCUUGUCUUUCUGGUUCUCAUGGAACGGGUUGUAUAUAAAUGUUGUGACAUCACUGUGAUGACAAAGUGUCCGUGUCGUGAAGUGAAAAAAAAAAAAACGUGGUGAGGGUGGAAAUACUGCCAAAUAUAGGCUCUAAUCUGUGUUAUGAAUUGAAUAAACCACCACCUGACAACAUGGGAAGUGAUUCACAGGCCUUUUUAUUCGUUUUUUUUGUUGAGCAGCCACACACAAAUACAGUGCUGGGCAAAAGUAUUGGCACCCCUGCAAUUCUGUCACAUAAUGCUCAAUUUCUCCCAGAAAAUGAUUGCAAUUACAAAUGCUUUGGUCGUAAUAUCGUCAUUUAGUUUGCUUGCAAUGAAAAAACACAAAAGAGAAUGAAAAGAAACAAAAAACAUUAUCAUUUUACACAAAACUCAAAAAAUGGGCAGGACAAAAGUAUACUUGGUAGCACAACCUUUCAACAAAAUAACUGCAAAAAAACGCUUUCGGUAUCCAUCAGUGAGUUCCUUACAAUGCUCUGCUGGAAUUUUAGACCGUUCUUCUUUGGCCAACUGCUCCAGGUCUCUGAGAUUUGAAGGGUGCCUUCUCCAAACUACAAUUUUCCGAUCUCUCCACAGGUGUUCUAUGGCAGUGUUUUUUAACCUUUUCUGAGUCACGGCACGUUUUUACAUUGAAAAAAAUCUCCCGACACACAACAAACCAAAAAUGCUCCACAAUUAUUUUAUGUACAGUACAUUUAUUUAUAUAAUAAUUUCUUAACACUUAUACUUACUCAGUGUGAAACUUGAGCCUGUUUAGAUAAACACAAAGCCGAUAUCCUGGCAUCUUCGUCAAUAGCUCUCAGACUCCGUUUUCAUUUUUUAUAGCGGUUAGCUUGAAAAGCUCAGAAUUAUCAGAUAGGGGGACUUUAGCAAUGUCUUUAACCGCAGGGCCAAGCAUCUCGCUGACAAUGGCUUUGCAGGCAGGUAGUAUUAGUAGGUAUAGUAGGUCUCUGCCACGGUGUGGGACUUUUUCGAUUUAGCAAUAAGUUCAGCAACAAGUUAACUGGCUUUGGGGGCUUUCUCAUUUACCAUUGUAGAUUUUCUCAAAAAAGUUUGUGUUUUCAUAAAGGCGAACAAAAUAGUCCAUAGACUUGUUUUGAAGCAGGUGUUUCGUUUGGAGAUGACGUUUAGGAAAGCUGCUCAUGUCACGUUCUAGAACUGCUUGGGUUUCUAAGUAUCAGCCACCUUGC